AUGCUACCUCUAUCCUUACUACGUACUGGACAAGGCCAUCAGAUUAUGGUCGAAUUAAAGAAUGGUGAAACAUUUAAUGGCUACCUGGUGAAUUGUGAUAAUUGGAUGAAUAUAAAUUUAAAGAAUGUUAUUAGAACUUCAAAAGAUAGUGAUAAGUUUUGGAAACUUCAGAGUUGUUAUAUAAGAGGAAAUACUAUUAAAUAUAUAUCCGUACCAGAUGAAAUUAUCGAUAUGGUUGUUGAAGAAGAACAAGUAGUAAAACAACAUCAACCAGCAUCAUCAGCAGGUAGAGGUGAUUCAUCAUCCAGAGGUCGUGGAAGAGGAAGAGGUGAUGGCAGUGGUGGAAGAGGUAGAGGUGACGGUAGCUCUAGCCGUGGUAGAGGCGAUGGAAGUGUUGGUAGAGGUAGAGGUGAAUAUAGAGGUCGUGGUAGAGGCGAUGGAAGUGUUGGUAGAGGCAGAGGUGUACAUACUUAA